GACUGCUCUGAUGGGCUGUUGUGUUCAGGGGAUUCUCCAGACAGUAGCUUAAUAUUUGUGCAGAAAAGCUUAAAGAAAAAUCAGGACAUUUUGCAAGGGGAAAUAGGCUCUCUUGAGCAAAUAGACGAGAUACACCAGCUAAACCAAGCCUUUUUUGGGUGUACAAUGGGGCCUCUUUUCCUGCCGCUCUCUAGCUGAAAGCACACAGCAGGCUCUAAGAAAUCUUGAGCUGUGAAUGCAAUGCCUCAUGUCCAACUUUACAGUUGGACCAGCCCUUCUGCCCCUCCUCCUUUCUCCCCCACCUUUCUGGAGAACCUGGGUGGUGUUUUCCCCCCUCCCCUUUCCUCUCACUGAAUGUUGCUCCUGGUUCACCCAUCUGCCUCUCCUUGUCGUUCUGAAAAAUCUAGAAGGAAGGUGGGUUUGUUCUGAAGCAAAAGGUGGAUUGGAUCAGCAGGGAAGGAGUUAAUUAAACUUUGAAGGAAGAAGAAGACUUCUCUUCUUUCCUUGGGACUGGAAGGAAUUAAACAGCGACAACUAUGGCUGGUUUAUUUUUCCUUGGAAUACUUUUAUCUCAACUUUUAGCCAUCACCUCUGCUCAGAGGCCAGGAGCACGAGGCUUGCCGGGACCGCGAGGGCCUCCUGGGUCACCUGGAAAGGAUGGCAUUGAUGGAGAACCUGGGCCCCCAGGCCUGCCAGGACCACCAGGACUCAAAGGAUCACGAGGAAAGAAUGGGAAGAAAGGAGAUGCUGGUUUGCCAGGCCUUCCUGGAGUAGAUGGUUUAACAGGUUUGGAUGGCCCGCCUGGACCAAUAGGGUCGCCAGGAGACCGAGGAAGUAUAGGAGCAGCGGGAGCUGUUGGGCCAGCGGGCAAAGGACCAUCAGGGCCACCGGGACCUCCAGGCACCAGUGGGCUUCCAGGAGGAAGGGGGCAGAAAGGCUCACCAGGACCAUCUGGACUCCCAGGGUUUCCUGGGUCACAGGGACCUCCGGGACCACCCGGCCUCCCUGGAGUGUUUGACCAAACUAGAGAUCUUCAGUGUCCAUCGCUUUGUCCACCUGGCCUUCCAGGACCCCCGGGAAUACCAGGAUUCAAGGGGCACACCGGUGAGAAAGGAGAAGUUGGGCAAGUAGGCAAAGAUGGGGAGAAGGGUUCGCGAGGAUUGCCAGGCCCAGCAGGGCCUCCUGGUAACAUCGGAUUGCAGGGUCCCCGAGGAUUAAGCGGAGACGUUGGACCAAUCGGUCUUAUUGGCGACAGGGGAGACAUCGGAUUCAGAGGGCAGCCUGGAAUUCCAGGGCCUCCAGGGAAAGCAGGGUCCCGUGGUGACAGAGGCCACCAAGGAUUUCGCGGUCCAAAGGGUGAUGCAGGUCCACCAGGACCAAACGGAGCUGCUGGGAGCGCUGGGCCUCGCGGAGAACCUGGCAUACCUGGGAAAAAUGGAAGAGACGGAGCACACGGACUUGAUGGUGAGAAGGGCGCUGCCGGUCGUUCUGGUGCUCCUGGAGAGAAAGGCCCUCAUGGACUCCCUGGACUACCUGGGGGCGCAGGCACUAAAGGAGAAAAGGGCCAGCCUGGAAGCCCUGGAGAAAUGGGGGAGUCUGGUCCUUCAGGAGAACCAGGUAUACCUGGAACUCAAGGUAUCCCUGGUGAGAGAGGUGAAGCUGGGCCAAGAGGAUCUCCUGGACAGCCAGGUCUACAAGGGCCUAUGGGAGUAGCAGGUGUAAGAGGUUUCCAGGGCCGUGCAGGACCAAGUGGGGAACCAGGCCGACCUGGUGCCACUGGGCUACGGGGUGAAUCCGGCCAGCAGGGUCCUACUGGGGUUUCGGGACCCAAAGGUAACCAGGGCAUUGCUGGGACAGAUGGACUACCAGGAAGUAAAGGAGAACAGGGCCCUUUUGGCUCUCCUGGACAGAAAGGGGAAGCAGGACAGAGAGGAGAGCCUGGCCCGAAAGGAGUCCACGGCCCCAAUGGAACUGCUGGACUUCCAGGAAUUCCAGGCCAUCCUGGCAAAAUGGGUUUGCAAGGCGAGCAAGGAAUCCCUGGGAUUGUGGGGAAACCAGGCCCUCCGGGAAAAGAAGCUAGUGAGGAACGCAUCCGAGAACUCUGCGAUGGAAUGAUCAGUGAGCACAUUGCCCAGUUAGCUGCUAAUUUAAGGAAACCCUUGGCUCCUGGACUCAUGGGGAAGCCUGGGCCCGCUGGACCUCCGGGGCCUGCUGGAGCAAUGGGGAGCAUUGGACAUCCUGGGGCUCGUGGUCCACCCGGAUACAGGGGACCCCCAGGGCAUUUGGGAGCUCCUGGGCCUAGAGGGGACUCAGGUGAGAAGGGAGACAAAGGAGUCGCUGGCAAAGGCGUGGAUGGACCUGUUGGAGAUCAAGGCCCACAAGGACCACCAGGUGUUCCUGGAAUCAGGAAAGAUGGUCGGAAUGGUGCGCCUGGUGAACCUGGGUUACCAGGGGAUUCUGGAAGACCGGGUUCAGCUGGAGCACAAGGAACUACAGGACUCUGUGAUUCGUCUGCCUGCAUAGGAGCUGCUGCUAGAGGGAAAUUCAAGAAAUCAUAAAUCUGCAGGAAGUUGAAUGAAGUGAGUGAGGAAAGGGAACACGACAUUCAAUGCAGUUGUUACCAAGAGAGAGUAUUUAUGGCUCAGGGUUGAACUGUGGGGUCCUUGGUGCUCUCUGAACUUGAUAGUUUUCUUGCAGAUGUUUAGUUAUCCAACUAGGCGGCGACAUCAGUGCAUUGAUGAUGUCACCUAGUUUGGUAAUGAAAUGUCUGCAAGAAAACCUCCAACCUUAGAGAGGGCCAAAGAACCCCACAAGGGAAUUGUUCAUACACAGUGAAAGAAACAUUGUCCGGAUUGAAAGAGGGUUAAUAAAAUGGAUGCUCUUUUUCAGUUCCAUGGGGGGGGGGGGAGAAUC